GCGAGAAUUCAUAGUGAAGGGACCUUUACAGACAUGGCUGGAGCAAUGAUCUGAUUACUAAAGAGAAGUAAGAGAUUAAAGAGAAGCGGACCCAAUUAAAACUUCUUCUGAGCCUUUCGCAUGGAUCCCAAGAAAGAAGCAGCGAGAAUGCAGAUGAUGUUAAGCUGCUUGUUGAGAGUGUGAGUUCUGGCUCGUGUCGGCCAGAUAGCUGAACUUAAAGUGAUGGUGCAGGAAGAUCCAAACCUGGGCUCAGGUCCAGAUGAGGAUGCCUCUGAGUUGUCAAUUUCUGACAAUGAUUCAGACUCUGGGAGUGUGCUGUCAGAUGACUCUGUGCUUCCUGACUAUAAGCGGGAAGAGGAUAGCGGAGGCCCUGCCAACACCUUGUACCAAGCCUGUGCCAAGAACAAUGCUGCAGCCCUAUCCAAAGUUCUGGAAAGGGGAGUCACAAAAGAUGAAGUCAUGGAUUUAGACAUAAAUGGAAGGAACUGCCUGAUGUCGGCAGUCUCAAAAGGUUUUGUGGAUAUUGUGUAUGGACUAAACCAGUGCCCAUUUCUGAAUAUCAAUCAUCAGGAUAAUGACGGCAAUACUGCACUUAUGAUUGCUGCACAAGCUGGUUUUGUAAGCAUUCUUACCUACAUCCUUAAUUACUUCUCUGGAGUGGACAUGGAGCUCAGGGACAACCGAGGUUUUACUGCCCUCCUCAAGGCAGCCAUGCAAGGCAACAAUGACUGUGUAGCCUCUCUGGUCAUGGCAGGGGCGGACAUAAAUGUAGUGGAUGCUGCAAGGGGAAAGGAUAUGCAAGAAUGGGCCCUGAAGACAGGUCGCUUUGACACACUAAGCAGGCUUAGACGACUAAACAGUAGACCAAGGGCAGAACAGUUUUGUGAAAGCUUCAUCCCAGAAUGGCCAGAACUGAAGGACCUGGUAGCCAAAGCCACGGCCACAAAAAGCACCGGCCAGAAAGUCGCCUGUCGCUUGAAGUCAACUUUCAGCUUCAGCUUUCCACAUGACCCACAGGACAACGGCAUCAUGGACCAUAUGGUGCGUAUCACCACAAGCAUCCACAGUCCUUUGGUGGUCACAGGAUGUCGUCCUCUGUGUCCCACAAGCCCACCAGAGAUCGGUAAGCGACGACUUCCUGUGCCUGAUCUGAUGCAGAUGCACCCAGAUAAAGAUCUGGGGAAAGAUGCCGUACAGCACAGCAAUGGCUCCAUCUCUACCUCGACAACCUCAGCUUCUUCCUCCUCGCUGACCUCAUGCUGCUCCGACAGCAUGCGGAGAGACAGCGUGCUGUCUUUGGCCUCCAGUGGCAUUCGCAAGUUCGUGCCACACAUGGCCCGUCGCAAUAGCGUGUUUCCUGAUGGCUGCAUCCCUCAAAUCAAAGUUAGCAAGUCUGCAGAGCCAACGCCAAAGAAGGAAAAAAAGAAGAGGAAAUCUAAAGGUCACUUAGAACCACCAGUGUGGAAGUAUAAGGAAGCUAAAGAGGAGAAGAAAAAACUGCUGGAAAAAGCAAAGGCUGAUCAAGAAAAGAAUGAUAAGAAAGUUAAGAAGAAGAAUAAAAAGUGAAGUGGCAAUAUGUAAUUGCCAGGAUAUUAUAGCUCUCAGAUUUGUCUGCUAUCAGUGUAGAUCUUUGAAAUUUGCUCAUAUGAAGGGAGAUUAAAGGGCAAUAAACCACAUGAGUAUGGAUAUAUAUUGUCCUCACUGUUUUUAAUUAUUUGAUUUGUACUGUUUUUCUAAAGUAAUGGCAUUACAAGGCAGACAACAGCACAACACCCAUAACAGCAAAUUUACGUAAACGCAUUAUUGUUCCUGUUAAAAGAUUAUUUUUACAGGAUUUUAUGUAUUGUACAUGCAAUUAUUUAAAUGUGAUUUGUUUAGUCAUUUAUACAUGAAUUUUGUAAUGUAGUGUUUUACAAGAAAGGCAGAAAAAAAAUUGUAAAGCACUUUAUUAUUUUUAUUCAGAUGCCUACUAACAGUUAUUUUCUUGAAGUCCGUAGAAAAAUAACUUUUAAUGGUUAAAUGUUACGCUUGAUUCAUUUAUGAUUUCUGAGAAAAGUUAUAUGUGUUGUCUCAGAUUUGCAUAUAAAAACUUUAACUGGCAUGGUCUUUGAGACAAAUAGACAGGUGGUCUAAUACAUUUUUAAGGACUGUGUAUAUAGACAAUGUUACAUUACUUUAAUACUUUACAAAGCCAAAAUAUGUUAUGUGUGUCUUUUUUGACUGACUGUUAGUUGUUUGUAAUAUUUUGAUUUUCUUAUAUAA